UAUUUUCCCAAGCCACACUCGUAUUUUUUUUUUCUUAUUUAUUUUCUCACAUAUUUACUAUUACUUUAAUCUAAACUCUGCAAGAAUGAAUUUAUUCUUGAAAUGGAUUUGGGUGAACAAGAACUAUCUGAUCAUGUUCCUCACUCCGCUUCUGCUCUUACCGCUGCCAGUUGUCAUUCCUUCUAAGGAAGCAGGUUGUGCAUUUGUCAUCAGCUUGAUGGCAGUCUACUGGUGCACUGAGGCUCUACCACUGGCUAUCACUGCACUGAUACCAGUAGUGCUCUUCCCAAUGAUGAAGAUCAUGGAUUCUGACGCGGUGUGCAACCAGUACCUAAAGGAUUCCAACAUGCUGUUUGUGGGAGGCUUGCUCAUUGCACUUGCUGUGGAGCAAUGGAACCUGCAUAAGCGCAUUGCCCUCCGAGUCCUUCUCAUCGUUGGAGUCAAGCCAGCUCUGCUGAUGAUGGGAUUUAUGGGAACCACAGCCUUCCUGUCUAUGUGGAUCAGCAACACAGCCACUACCGCUAUGAUGGUGCCCAUUGCUCAUGCAGUGCUGGAGCAGCUGAGUAACAGCGAGGCCGAGACACAGGAUGAUUAUGAAGGUGCCCAUCAGAACCCAGGAUAUGAGCCUGAGACAAUGACAGAGAAAAAAAUGGAGUUGACGACCAAUGGCAGCAAUGGUCACAUCUUCCAAGUGGAAGAGGGAGCAGGACCUGUAACCAACAGUUCUUCAGCUCUGAGGAAUAAGUACAGUGAGCUGUCUAAGGGGAUGAGUCUCUGUGUGUGCUACGCUGCCAGCAUAGGGGGAACGGCAACGCUUACAGGGACCACUACCAAUCUCAUUCUAAAGGGACAAGUAGAUGAUCUCUUUAAAAAUAACAAUGAUGUGGUCAACUUUGCUACCUGGUUUGCCUUUUCCUUUCCCAACAUGAUUCUCAUGCUGUUUCUCGCCUGGUUCUGGCUACAGUGGAUGUACAUGGGCUUCAAUUUCAAGGAGACAUUUGGCUGUGGAAAGGAACGUACGGAAAGGGACAGGAAGGCCUACAAUGUAAUAAAGGAGGAGCACAAUAAGUUGGGCAAGAUGACAUUUGCUGAGAUAGGCGUUCUUAUUAUCUUUAUUGUGCUGGUCCUUCUCUGGUUCACUCGGGAUCCUGGCUUCAUGAAGGGCUGGGCCACAGAUCUCUUCAAAGUAGAAAACAAACAGUAUGUCACAGAUGGGACUGUUGCCAUCUUCAUGGGCAUGGUCCUGUUUUUUGUGCCAUCUGAACUUCCACGUUUCUUCUGCUGUGAAAAAGAUCAGAGCCAGAGGGAAACUUUCAAGGCUCCAAAGGCCUUAAUGACUUGGGAUGUCGUUCAUGAAAAGAUGCCCUGGAAUAUUGUCCUGCUUCUAGGAGGUGGCUUUGCUCUGGCAAAAGGAAGUGAGGAAUCCGGCUUAUCUGGAUGGCUGGGCCAGAAGCUAACACCUUUACAGGAAAUCCCAGCCCCGGCCACUGCUCUUAUCAUCUGCAUACUUGUGGCCUUUUUUACGGAGUGCUCUAGCAAUGUCGCCACCACCACACUCUUCCUGCCUAUCCUGGCAUCAAUGGCCCAGGCCAUCAACCUCAAUCCUUUGUACGUCAUGCUCCCGUGCACACUCUGUGCAUCCAUGGCUUUCAUGCUUCCCGUGGCUACACCUCCAAAUGCAAUUGUCUUCUCCUAUAAAAACCUUAAAGUCAUUGAUAUGGUAAAGGCUGGAUCUGUGUUGAAUAUCAUUGGCGUGUUAUGUAUUAACUUGGCACUCAACACAUGGGGUAUGGCUUUGUUCCACUUGGACACAUUUCCAGAAUGGGCAAAAACCAAUUUAACAUCGUCAAACCCCUAGCAACAGAUCUACACAACAUGGCAGACCCAAAUGAUGGAAGAACCUAUGGAAGUCCAGAUUUUAGCACUAUGUCCAAAGGUUUCUCUUAUCUCAGUGUACUAGGGCAGAGGCUUGCCUCCUUUAAACCUGAGAAGAGAUGGCUUGAGAGUUUCAUAAAGAACUGAGCAUUCAAAAUCAGUUGAAGCAGCUCACACCAAACUAUUUCUACGCAGAGGUAUAGAGCUGCCAUGCGUAUGUCAUGGUGUUUAGUCUCAAAAAUGUCAUCUUUCUUUUUAUAUGCAUUUUAAAUGUAUUUUUAGUUUGGUUAAGCACAACCAAUGAACACCUUGUAUGUACUUUUUGAUGAAACUAAUAAUAUAUUUUGUACAUAUUGUAUCUGGGCUCACAGAACUGGAAAGCACUGCUAGUCCUGGCGAAAGCACAGAAUGAGAAGUGCCAGUGGGAAGCAUUGCUGAGUGGAAUGGAUUUCAUUGAUGCCUUUAGCCAUUUAACAUCAUUAUGAAAUGGUUCAUUUACUGUCAGAUUUGUGUACUCCUGUAAGAGAUCUUACCAUUACUGCUUUUGCAACCACAGUUUUUGAGAACAGCAGCAGUGACAAUCUCAGUCCCCCGUCCUUUUAGUCAGACUUGCAUCCUCAAGGUCCACUCGAUUGUAGAAGGGUACUUCCUUAUUAAGGCAGGUCAUUGAGGCUCAUAGUUAUUCUUCAAAUAUUCUGGACAUCACUCUUAAAUAUUUGAACGCCACAAUGUUUGCAAAUGUCCUGAUCAAACAGUUGCAACAUAGUAAAACUCUAAAGUGAAAGCCUCCAGUCACUAUAUUUAGGUGCGAAUUGAAUAGUUCAAACUAAAAACUUUAAGUCAUUGUCCACUUCUUGAGUGGAUGCAGUUUUCUAAUUUCUUUUCAGAGGUAAUGAAUAUAAAUGUAUGAGAUUCAGAGUCUUAGUAGCUUAGACGUGAGAGUCUAAAGGCCAGAAUUUAUCAGAAUGAGUCUUAAAUAUUUUAAAAGGGAAAGUUUUUAAAUUAGUAUAACACAUUAAUCCCAGACAAACAGGCAAUGGGAGCUCAAACCUUAGAUAAACAAUUAUUUUGAUGUCCACUUUUUCACAGCCAUAAUAUUUCAGAGUCUUAAUUAUAUGACAGUAAAAUAAUGACAAACUCUAAGUGAAUGUCUCUGUCAACUACUGAUUCGUUCAAAUGGAUAUCAGUGCAUGAAGAUGUAAGCUCUCUCUUCCUAUUGCUUUUGUAUUACAAUUCCUAGCUUGUUGGAGAUUACACAUAUAGUGUGACUGCGAGCAGACAAACAGAGCACAUCUUUUCUUGAACUUGAAUAGAAGAAAAUACACCCAUUAGGUUUAAGUAUAGAAAUGAAUUGGAAUAAACAUAAACUAUAUAGUGAAAUUCAAUAACAAUUCAAUUAUCCAGCUUUUCAUCUUUUAAACUAGUUGUCCCACCCUACCUCAUUUUCAUUAUCUUCUACAAUGCUACAUAAAUUCUAUUUACAGGAAGUUGUAUGUGUGUUGGCCUUUUUGUAACACUGGCUUUGGAAACGUUUUAUUAGUCCUUCUACACUUUAGGGGAAAUGUGAGAGUGGGUACUUUAGGGGCAUGUAUAUUUUUAUUGGCUUAAAAGUACAAAUUAUGAAUCAACAAGCGAAGUACAGGUCAAUGUGAACUUCUGUAUUGGUGAAUCUUAAUUAUAUUUAUAGAGUAAUUUGUGAAAUCCAUUUAAUAAGGUAAGUAUAACUGAGAGAUUAGUUUGGUUUAAGUGACGUGUAUGUAGGACU